AUGCUUGCCUCGUCACUAUUCAGAAGGGUUCUUACGCCUGAUGAGCAGCAUCUAAUUCCCGAAUCGCUGAUCAGCAAGCUUGGGGAGGAGAUGGCCCUGCACGAGGAGAUGGCCAAGAGCAAAGUAAGGGAGCUGGAGAAGAAAAUAGAGCUCUGCGAGGAGAUUAUUGGCGACUUAAAUAGAAAGAUAGUUAAACAGGAGGUAGAGAUGGGGAAUAUAAGAAAUUCGUCGGAGGUUGUGGAGAAGUGCAACGAAAUGUAUUCUCGAGAGAUUCAGUCCUUGAAAGGUGAGGUUGCUUACUACAGAGAAAAGAUCGCGGAAUGCGGUAGAAUGGCAGGAUCUUUUCCAGGGGCUGAGGUCUACAGACCCGAGCAAGUAGAUGAGCUUCUUAGAGAGAAGAAGGAUUUUGAGAAUAGAAUGGAGGACUUGAAGAAGAAGUGCUCUGAGCUGGAGAAGAGCAACAGGAGACUUGCAGAGAAAGUCUUGGAUCAGAAGAGCCAAAUGUCGUAUCUGCUGAAGAAGAUUUCUCUCUCCGAUGGUGGCCGGGAUAGCCUAGAACUUGUUAAGGUUGUACAGAAGCUUUCGAAGAAGAAUGGGGAGCUAGAGAGGGCGUUAGGAUCUGGUGGAUAUCAGGCCGCGCUUCUGCAAUCUCAAUCUGGAGAGAAUGCCGAAGCCGAAAGGGAAGAGUACAAGAAGGUACGCGACGAGCUGUAUGAGGUGAAGAGAAACGGCUAUGCGCUGGAGCUUGAAUACAACAAAGUGUUUAGGGAGAAGAGCGAGCUGUGUAACCAGGUUGCUAGGAUGAGUGAAGAGAAAAAGGUGAUGCAGAAGCAUAUUGACGAGAUGAAGGAGGAGAUUAUAUGCUUGAAGAUUGAUUUGAAGAACACAAAGACGAAAAAUGCAAUACUUGGCGAUGCUUCUCAGAAGCUCAACGAGAUGAACAACGAGAUAGUUCGUAGCAACUUCAUAAUAAAGGAUGGUAGGAACAAGAUAAGAGAGCUGAAGAUGCAACUAGCAGAGAGCGAGGAAAGGUACAACAAAUACAUCCUGGAGGACAGGACCAACGUAGUUGCAGUGAUUGGGCGAGAGAUUGAGGGAAUCAAAAGAAAGUUGGAUGCAGACUUCAAGCUUAUCUGCGACAUCGAAGGGAAUUUCAACAGGGCAAUAGAAGAGCAGGGGAAGCUCAAGAGCCUGUUUCAUGCAUGUGAGCAAGAGAUUCUUGAACUUAGAAGGGAAAACGAGGCUCUUAUUAGCAGCGAGAAGGCGAUGGCGGGGAAGAUAAAGAGUUACGAAGAAAAAGGCGUAGGCUACAGGAGCGGGAUGAAUGAAGUAGGGAGGGAUGUAAGAUACAUCUAUGAAUGGAUUGGGGAGAUUAUAAACGAAUUUGUGGAGUUGUCUGGCUCUGUUGACAGGAUGGUAGAGUUUGAGAGGGAGAGAACGGUGUUUAUUGGUAGGAUGCAAGAGGAAUUUAAUGGUGCAAUCGGUCUUCUUGACGAGAAGGACAAGGUGUUGCGAUCAUUGGCGGAGAACCACAGCUCGGAAGCCAUUGCAUUUCUAGAAAAGGAGCGGAAUAUUCUGAAACAGGAGAACAUAUUUCUCCGAAACAAGAUGGAGGGCAUUGGGGACUCUUCAGAUCUUCUGGAGAAGAUAAAUAGCCUGGAGGAAGAGAAUGAGGGCAUUAAGGCCCAGCUUCUCUCGCUGGAAAGGGCCUAUGCAUCUGAAAAGGAAAUAAUGUCUGGGCAGGCUGCUGCAUUGAGCGAAGCAGACUAUAGAUGCCGCCUACUUCAGUCUGACAUGGACCAGUUGCUUCAGAACAAUCUUCUAUUGAAAGGCGAAUUAGAGUCAGCAAGAAAGGAGAUAGCUGACAAUUGUGCAGCAAUUGAUAAGUACCGAAUCGUUGUUGAAAAGCUCAAGAAAGUCAAAGAUGCAUAUUUGAAGCUUAGGAAUGAGUGUCUGGAGCGAAAAGACAAGGUGGAGCAUGGGGAGAGGGAUGUCUAUGGAACAGAUGGCCAUCAAGUCUCUUGUGGUGAGGCUCUAAAGGUGCCUAGAGAUGGGAAUGCCACUGAGACGGAAGUCGAGGGGCCGGGAAAUAAAGAAGGAGAUAGUGUUGUGAAAAGUGUGGAGGCAAGAGAGAGCCCAGAUCCCAAAUUGGAAGUCGUAUCAAACCAAAGCCCCACUCCAAAUGAGCCUGAUGGAACUAAAAACAUGCAGGGAAGGAACAGGAGAGGAGGAAGGCCUGGAGAAGAGCCCAAACAAGGGCAUCAGCAGAGAAGAGCAUAUGGUGACAGAAAAAGAAGCUGGUCGUCAUACGAGUUUAAAAGAAACAGGGACAGGAGGAAUUAA